AUGGCCGAUAAUACCAAAGCUUUAACAAUGCAAAAUCUAAAUCAACACAUAAUUGACUGUGAAUAUGGUGUUCGAGGCUCUUUUACAAUUCGUGCUGCUGAAAUUGAACAAGAAGUCAAAUCGAAAUCUCAUCAAUUUCCAUUUAAUCAUGUUAUUCAACUUAAUAUCGGUGAUGGGUUUGCUAGCGGUCAUCAGAUGCCUAUCACAUAUAUUCGCCAAUUUAUAGCCGGCUGUGCUAAUCCAGCACUCCUGAAUUCUUUUGAAUUUCCAUCAGAUGUUAAAGAACGAGUAGAACGUGUAUUGAAUAUAUGCACUGGAAAAACUUUCGGUUCAUACAGUGAAAGUCCUGGCAUUAAAAUAAUACGACAUGAUAUUGCCAGCUAUAUUCAACAACGAGAUGGAUAUCCAUCGGAUCCAAAUAAUAUUUAUCUAAGUAACGGCGCAGCAGGCGGAAUCGAAACAGUGCUUAAACUUCUUAUGAAUAAUUCAAAGAAACCAUCAGGAAUUAUGAUUCCUGUUCCCCAAUUUCCAUUUUACAGUGCUAUUUUAACGCAAUUUGGAGCUCAUCAAAUUGAGUAUUUUCUCGACGAAGAUAACGGUUGGCCAUUGCAUAUAGAUGAACUAGAGCGUGCGUUAAAUGAGUCAAAAGCUAGAUGUAUACCACGUGGUAUUGUAAUUAUUAAUCCUGGAAAUCCUACUGCGCAUAAACAUAAUUUAUUCUUAUUAGCGGAUGAAGUCUACCAAGAAAAUGUUCACUCAUUAGAUUCCAAAUUUGUUUCUUUCAAAAAGAUACUCAUGGAUCUUGGUUCCCCGUAUAACCAAAUGCAAAUAGCCUCAUUUCAUUCAGCAUCGAAGGGAUGGCAUUGCGAAAGUGGCUUUCGUGGUGGUUAUUUCGAGAUAACCAAUCUUGAUAAAGAUGUGAAAGCGCAAGUAAACAAAUUAGUGUCACUAAGUUUAUGUUCUAACACUUGGGGUCAAGCUGUAAUGGGUGCAAUUGUAAAUCCGCCAAAAGAAGGCGAACCAUCAUAUGAACUUUAUAAAAGAGAACGGUCAAUGAUGACUAAUCGAUUACAAGAGCAAGCGACUCUAAUCAAUGAAUUGUUUAAUUCAAUGGAGGGCAUCAUCUGUAAUCCAGUUAAAGGCGGUAUGUUUGCAUUCCCACGAGUUGAAGUCCCUUGCAAAGCAAUUGAAUACGCGAAGUCAAAGGACAUGACUCCAGAUAAUUUCUAUUGCGUUGAAUUACUGGAAAAUACUGGCAUAUGUGUUCUACCAGGGAUGCGUUUUUACUUGAGUACUUUGCAACCAAUUAUUAAUGAGGUCGGUGAAGUAUUAGGACCAAUUUACCUAUGUCUCAAGGAACCCGACGAACGGAUAAGCGAGAACGUUCGCGCAAAAAUGUUUCAGUCAAGAAAUGUCGUCAUCAAAUAUAGCAAAUCUGGCAAACUCACCAAGAAGACCACCGAUCGAUUGCAACCGCUCGAUAUUGAAAUAAAAUCUUUACCAUGUGUAGUUGGUGAAUCUGUACGCGCUCUAGAAGCUGUACACAUGGUCGUGAAUUGUUUGUAUGUAAAGAAAACUGUAUAUUAA